AUGUCACGCCCCAAACCUGGGAAGCCUUGGCUGUCUUGUUAUUGGGAUCCUGGACCAGCUCUUGGAGAACUUGAGAGAGUUUUGAUUUUCUUUGUACAUGGGAUUUUAGACCCUAUUGAUUUCUUGGCAUUACAAGCUAUUCGAAAAAGCUUAGAUGAUUUACCAGGUUCGAAUUAUUUUGCUUCUUGGGAUUUUACUUCUGAGCCUUGUAAUUUUGCUGGAGUUUACUGUGAUGGAGAUAAAGUGAUCGCAUUGAAUCUUGGUGACCCGAGAGCUGGGUCACCGGGUCUAACCGGAACUUUGGAUCCUUCUAUUGGGAAACUUUCUUCUCUUGCUGAGUUUACUGUAGUUCCGGGUCGGAUAACCGGUGCAUUACCCGAAAGUUUGUCUCAGUUGAAGAACUUGAGAUUUCUUGGAGUUAGCCGGAACUUUCUCUCCGGCGAUAUUCCGGCGUCAUUGGGUCAGCUCCGGGAGCUACAAACUCUUGAUCUUAGUUUUAAUCAGCUCACUGGAAAUAUACCUUGGGCUAUUGGUGCACUUCCAGCAUUAUCCAACAUUAACCCGUUUAGACCUUAA